AUGGACCCUCAAAAUGAUAUAAGUGAAAAUGAAACUGUAGCUGAUGAACAAUUGGCAGAUAGUGUUGACAAUUGUCGUCCCAAGCUCAAGCUCAUAGAUGAAGAUACAAAUGUUAAGGAGCCUAAGGAUGGGAUGCUAUUUGACUCCAUGGAGGAACUUCAUGAAUAUUAUAGAAAUUACGCAAAGCAAAAGGGUUUUGGUGUGAUACAGAAGAAGAAAAAAAAGGAUGAAAAUGGAGAUGUACAUUACAUAACUCUAGCAUGUGCUCGUCAAGGCAGCAGGCAAUCCAGCUCAAGUAAUAGCUUUUGCAAGCCUAGCAAAACAAUUAGAACGGGAUGUAAGGCUACGUUAAAUGCAAAGUUAGUGGGUACAAAGUGGCAAAGGAGAUAUUUUAGAUGCCACAAGAACUUGGAUCCUUGUACGAAGAGAAAGCUUGAGAUAGAUGAUAGAGCUGGAAUUCGUAUGAAUAAGAUCUAUAACUCACUAGCUGUUGAAGCGGGAGGAUAUGAGAAUCUUUCAUUUGGAGAGAAAGAUUGUAGCAAUUAUAUUGCGAAGUCAAGACGUCUUCGCCUUGGCACAGGAGGUGCUACAGCACUUCGUGGCUACUUCGACAGAAUGCGGAAAGUGAAUGAUGAUUUUUAUUAUGAUAUAGAUGUGGAUGAUGAGUGUAGGUUAAAAAAUGUGUUUUGGGCUAACGCACGAAGCAGGGCAUCAUAUGACGAUUUCGGGGAUGUGGUUACUUUUGACACAACAUACUUGACUAACAAAUACGAAAUGCCAUUUGCCCCUUUUGUGGGAGUCAAUCACCAUGGUCAAUCAAUUCUUUUAGGGGCGGCAUUAAUUUCAAGUGACGAUACAUCAACAUUUGUUUGGUUGUUUGAGGCAUGGCUGAAAUGCAUGAAGGGCCGAGCGCCAAGGGCAAUUAUUACAGAUCAAGAUAGGGCUAUGAAAAGCGCAAUUAAUAAGACAUGUGACGAGUUUGAAGCAGAGUGGCAGAGUAUACUUGAGUGUUAUAAUCUAGAGGAUAAUGCAUGGUUGUGUGGUUUAUACAAUGAACGGACUUUCUGGGUACCGGCAUAUUUGAAGGGUGUAUUUUUGGCUGGCAUGAUUACCACACAACGGAGUGAGAAUCGAUAUGCUGAAUUGAGCAAACAUAUGUUGAAGUUAGCCGCAAUCGCAGCACCAGACGUGGACCAUUGCACGGAAGUGAAUAAUUAUGUUGAUAUGCUAAUUAAGAAAUUAAGUGGUCAAAGCUGUGAACAGUGUCCACCUUCCCAUCCACUCCCAAGUGCAAAAUCUGUUCCAAGUACAUCUAUGACUGGUAAUGGAGCCAUUGAUUGUAUGGCGAUGGAGGUGUGUAGUCCUCUUGUUGCUCGGAUUAAAGGGAAGCGAGCAUCAAAAAGAAAGGUGUCUGAAGUUGAAAAAGCAACAUGCCAAAGAUCACUAGUAGAUGAACUGGACACAAGUGAAGAUCUGUUGCCUUUUGUAAAUGAUGUUCAGCAUGAGCAAGCAAUUGGAAUCCAAAAUAGUGUAGUUACACAGUUGGAACUUGGAAGAGGUUUCUUUGAAGAACCAAAACGUUGGUGUUGGGCGGGGGAAGAUGGAGAUGGCGAGAAGGAUUUUUGGGUGAAAACCAGAUCUGAGGUUGCCGGUCCGAGAGAGAGUCUUGCCUGGACGGUGUCGGUCGGAAGAGAUGGAGAUGGGUCGUGGGCGCCGUUCGUCUGGGGUCGACGGUCUGCUGGGUUGCGGGUCGAGAUCGGUGGCCUACGGUAG